CAAAAUUCUCUAGAACCGCAUCGUGCCCCUCGCGCUAUUUAUCAACGCCUCUUACCUCUAUCUCACCUCACCACCAUUUUCACACAAAUGGCAACCACGACAUUCUUCAUCGCUAUUCUCUUCCUCUUCUCCCUCUCCUUCACCACAACCGUUAGAUCCGACUCCGACGAUGAUUGCGUCUACACGGUCUACGUUCGAACCGGUUCGGUUCUAAAAGGAGGAACCGACUCAAAGAUCGGAAUCAAACUAUACGACAAAUACGGUUACUACAUCUACAUCAAGAGCCUCGUUCCAUGGGGCGGGUUAAUGGGUUCGGGUUACAAUUACUUCGAACGCGGUAACCUUGAUAUCUUCAGCGGAAGAGGACCUUGCUUAGACGGACCCGUUUGCGCCGUUAACGUAACGUCUGACGGUGGCGGAGCACAUCACGGUUGGUACUGUAACUACGUGGAGGUUACUACAACUGGGCCCCACGUGUCGUGUUCGCAGGAGCAGUUCGAGGUUGAGCAGUGGCUCGCGACGGAUACUAGUCCUUAUCAGCUGUGGGCCGUCAGGAAUCAUUGUCGUUACAGUUUGGAUCAGGCCCGACCCAAAACCGGCCCAUCUGUUCAUAAUAGGAUUGGAUCUGAGUUUUCUAUUUUGAAUGCUGGCGCGUGAGAAUUGGUUUGAAGUUCGUGGUGUUUUUUGUUGUGUGUUUGUUAUUUGAAUUGGAUUCGGGUUUUACUGUCAAUAACCCGUUUCUGUUUCCUUGUGUUGAUCUAUGAUACCUUAAAAUUUGUCAUGUUUAAAUAAAGUCUUAUAAAUUACUUAACAUUGAUUUCUAAAAA